GGAGCUCCUACCCGCCCAAGGAGUUCCUCCUAAAUAUGUCUCCCUAUGCUCCCUACGGAGACCCUCGCCUCACUCCCAAGUCUUUAUGUUUUCCCGUCUCACCUCUUCCUCCCCUUGCUCCGUGUUUUCUUCUUGUUGUAAGUACUCCCACUUUAGCUCGUAGUACUCUAAAUGCUGCAAGGCUUCCCGAUAGCCCUCCUGAGUCUAGUCUGAACUGAGCUCUGUUCCAAAAAUAGUGCCUCCUUUGUAAACAGCAGAGCAAUUAAGUGUUUGGAUGGUUAAAACAUCUGCUACGUAUCAGCCUCCACUCCGUCAUUUAGAUGCAUCUCACACGGUCGCCGAGGCAUCAGGUGAACCCGCUCGUUCUUAUCCUCUCUAAUUACAACUCACUUGACUCUUUCAAAACCUCCAGGUGAUCAAUUACUCUGUCUGUGCACUGACGCCGAAAAUAUUGUAAACUCAGCGAGGAGUGGUGAUUGCAGCCUUUGUUAGGACUGCGUUGCAUUAGGCUAUCAAUGUGAGUGCUUAGUUUUGAUUGGCAUUUAUUAAACUGGUGAGAAUGUCAUUUCUGAAGUGAUCCAUUAUCCCACAUGUUCAAUUGCUGCAGCACGUUUAUUUUUGUUUUUGCAGAACAAAUAUGCAAUUUAGAGGUCAAUUGGAAGGCAAGGAAAAUUACUAGAGAUCUUCUUCAAGGUAACUCCAAAUGUACUAACCAAAUGUGCCCCUCCACUAAGUAAAAUACUUAUUGUCUAAAUGUUGUUAGAGGCACCCUCCUGUUGUGCAGCUGUUGUCGUGUGGUUUGUUUUUGCUCCAAAGGUCCCGUAUUAAAGUCAGUGUUCAGUCUGUACUCGUCUCUGUGGCUCUCCGUCCAGGUCAGCAGGUGUGGAUUUGUAGCAUGCUGAGUAAUAUUUCUUCUUUUCUUACAGGGAGUCUUUGGUGGUAAACAUUAGAUUAAAGCGUUGCAGGUGUGUGAGAUUGCAGACAUUAGUGCCAUGUGCUCUCAUCACCUGCAUCUGCAGCCUUAAAACCCCAGAAUGAUGCAUCGGCAUAAUUACAAAGCCGUGCUGUCCACUUCAACCAGCCAGCAGGCCAAUCAUCGCCAUAGCUUUGCGUGGUGAAAUUGGCCCAUUUCUCUUUAUUUAUGAGUAAAUCCCAGAGAACUGUGGAGCUUGGAAAAUCAAAAGUUUCCCCAUACAUCCCCACGGAAGGGUCUCUGCGGAAAAAUUCACUAAAACUUAUUUUCUGUUGGUAAUCUUUUACAGAAAAUAAAAUACCAACUACUUUUUGUAAUGCUUCUAGUUUUUAAAAGUAUCAUGAUGGUAAAAAAGUAAGUACACCUGCUUUCAGUUUUAAUUUUCUACAUUUGUAACACCAAAAUCAUCUUAAAGUCAAGUAAAUGCAACCACUCAAAAUCAAUUGCUAUUGGUUAUUUUACAAGAACUAAGUAAAGCGUUAAGGGGAUAUUGCUUGCCUAUUCUUGGUUUGGAUAGUUUUGGGUGUUUUUCAUAAUGAAUGAAUUUAUUUGAAAACUACCGUUUAUUUUUACACAGACUAUCUUUGUCUGAUAUUAAAAAUCGUGUGACGAUCUGAAAAUUUUAGAAAGAUCAUCACAUGAACAUAGAUAUUUAUAAAAUUACUGCUUCUGCCCUUACAUCUGAGAAGGAUUAUAAGAAAAAAAUUGAGUUAAAAUACGGUCACAGAUAAAGGAUAUUUGCAAAUUCGCAACCUUAGAGUGACCAGAUACUGUCCAAGGUUUAGAUCACAUAUUGUCCAGAAAGCUAUUAAAAGUUUUAAGUUAUAUCCAGUAUUCUACAAAUCUCAAUUACCAUAGUCAAUAUUUAUGGUACAGUUUGUGCAAAAAAAAAAAAAAAAAAAAAACUCCAUGGUUUUAUAGUUUUGAAAAACUACAGGAAGAAAGUACAGGAAGUCAUUUCUAACAUUUUGCAACUAAGUAACAGUUUUGUGUUCCUUUAGACACCUGACACCAAAGUGGAUCCAUUAACUAGUUUUUGCACUGGAUGAAGACUGUAGCAAUCAUUUUAGGCUACACACUUCAUACCAAUUUCCAAGCUGAUAGCAAAACACAAGUUAUUUUCUGCUUGCUUUGUAGCAAGGCGACUGGAAUGCCAUCCGUCGACUAUGAACACCUCAGUUUCCUAGAGUAAUUCAGAGUAAAAUGCGAAGCCAUCUGUCUAACAGCUCAUGCUUGGCCACAAAACUGGGUCACACUUCAGCAUUAUGAUUCCAGAAACAGCAGCAAGACUACAGCUGCUACAGGAGAUGAAGAUCAUCGACAUGUCAAAAUGAAUAAAGCAAACCAAUGAUAAACAUGUGGACCAAAACUUUUCUGACUAUGACUGACUAUGAGAUAAAAAAAAGAAAAAAAAAAAAAAAAGAUGAUUGCUUCAGGUGAUUGCUGCUAAAUGAUCCUGAGGUUUGUUUUAGGUUUUUAGGUUCCAUUUUUGUACUUUGGGUUCGUUUUGGUUAGGUGGAACAUGUUUUGAGUCGUCUGUGGUUGUGUUUGCCUGAUUUUACGAUCCGGGAAGAAGCUGAUGAUUUUUAUAAAGUCCUGCUACAUAAGACAUUGACACUGGAAGAAGAUUUACCUACCUUUUUUUACCAAAACUAAAAGAUACAAUUUGAAUCACAUGAAAUUUACCCUUACCAUUUCGACUAACUUAACUGAAAACUCUUUUACUCUCCGGCCUUGUACGUUUGUGCGUCUGUCUCUCGUCAAUCCUCUCUUGAUCCUUUCUUCUCGUCCAACCGUGUCUGUUUGUCCGUGGUCCCGCAUCGUAUCUUCCAGUGGGGCCGUGGAUAAGGGUGGGCAGGGCGGAGCUGGACCCUCACCAGGGGCCAGUGACGGCGGGGGUGGCGCUUGCUCCAGUACAGGAGCAGGGCCAAGUCGCAGCGACAGCAUUCGGAGCAUGGUGACGGGGGGCAGCAAGGCCGGGCGCUGGCAGACCGUCCAGAGCCACAUGCAUGCCGGAGCCCUGCGGUUUAGCAAUUUCGGGGACGCUUCCCUCUCGUCUGCCUCCACUCUGGAGCACAUCCCGUCGUCGGCUGUCGCGCGUCCCCGGCCUCUUGUCCGCCAGCAGAGCCUCCAACAGCCCCUCACUCACCAGCCCCCUCCGGGUCCCAAUGACCCCCCGGUCACCUCACAGAGCCUGGGUCAGUUGCACACAGGGCCAGGCGGCGGGGGCCACCGUGGGGGCCCGCGGGGGGUCCGGGGGAGUCCGGCUGGAGCUUCCAGGUACAGAGGGACCGGGGCUGGCCGAUCACGGUCAAAUCCAGGGAGCUGGGACCACAUGAUGGAGCAGAUUCGCCACAGAGGUCUGGACGUCAAGUCGUUCCUUGAGGGGAAGAUGGUUGUUCUGUCUCUAGCAAUCGGGCUGGCUGAACAGGAUGACUUUGCCAACCUCCCAGAUCUCCAGGAAGCUCCGGCAAGCAAAGAAAAUGAAACCACACCAGAUAAAAGAACUCCAGGAAACAAACCAGGCAGGAGUCCCAGAGGUCAGACCCCAGACGAAACUGGACGCCGGCAGGGGCAGAACCACGAAGCCAACUCUUCUGUCACCGACUUAGCCAACUCGGUCACCAGUGACGUGCUUAUGCUGUCACCAGGUUCUGAGGAGGACGAACACGAGGGUCCAGUGCUUGAGAAACUGGGUCGCAUCCAGUUCAGUGUUGGAUAUAGCUUUCAGGACUCGACUCUCACUGUCAAAAUUCUCAAAGGCCAGGAUUUGCCUGCUAAGGAUUUUUCAGGCACAUCUGACCCUUUUGUGAAAAUCUACCUGCUCCCAGACAAGAAGCACAAAUUGGAGACUAAAGUCAAGAGGAAGAAUCUAAACCCUCACUGGAAUGAGACGUUUUUAUUUGAAGGCUUCCCCUAUGAAAAGGUGGUUCAGAGGACUCUCUACCUGCAGGUUCUUGACUACGACCGAUUCAGCAGGAACGACCCCAUCGGGGAGGUGUCCAUCCCCCUCAACAAGCUGGACCUGGCCAACAUGCAGACUUUCUGGAAGGAGCUGAAACCGUGCAGCGAUGGCAGUGGAAGUCGAGGGGAUCUCCUAGUGUCCCUGUGCUAUAAUCCCACAGCCAACACCAUCACUGUGAGCAUCAUCAAAGCACGCAACCUCAAAGCCAUGGACAUUGGAGGCACUUCUGACCCAUACGUAAAAGUGUGGUUGAUGCACAAAGACAAACGUGUGGAGAAGAAGAAGACGGUGGUAAUGAAACGCUGCCUGAACCCUGUUUUUAACGAGUCCUUUCCCUUUGACGUGCCGGCCCACGUGUUGAGGGAGACCACCAUAAUUAUCACCGUCAUGGACAAGGACAGACUCAGUCGCAAUGAUGUCAUUGGAAAGAUUUAUCUUUCAUGGAAGAGUGGCCCCGCAGAGGUAAAACACUGGAAAGACAUGAUAAGUCAUCCUCGUAACACCGUGGCCCAGUGGCACUCUCUCAAAGCCUGAGGGGCCCAGCAGCCAAACAGCCUAAAGUGUUACCAGACAAACACCAAGACCCCUACCCCUCUCCCCAGCCUCCUCCUCUGAGAAGUCAACAUGAGUCUCUCAGCACACAUCCCUUUUCCCCUAAACGCAGUGUUGGGCUCUGGACCAUGUAUCACCUCUUUGUUCUCAGGCCUCUUUGAUAUUCCUCGCCCUCAGUCCUUGUGAAUCAGCCCUAAAAUUGCACCCUCUUGUCAAGUUCUGAUUGCCACCUGACUCCUUCACAUCAGUUCGUCUGAACUUAAAAAUGUCUUUGAUGUCUUAGCUCCCUUGUGCCCUCUUUCUAUACCAUUUAUUUCCCCGAGAUCUCCCAAUCUUUUCUUCCAUCCUAUCGGCCAGUCCUAGAGCCUAACAUCAGAGCAGUGGCUCUUGCUGCCCAUGGAUACAAACUACCAACCAAAAAUGAAUCAAACUGAUAGUCAAAUCAUCCUCUGGGGCAGCAAGAGGGACUGCGUUUGAACGGGUGUGACCUGUGGGAUCCACGCACCACCUCCCGUCAAAUGUCUUCACUCCUUCCAUUUUCGUCUCUGAUCCUCCAUAUCCUCAAAAUGCCUAAAAAAAAAAUAAUAAAAAAAAAAAAUCAGGAAUCCAGGCACAGAAGAAGUGACGGAGUGAAUUUCAAACGGACUGGAAGUGGACUCUGUCGUUUAGGUUUUCUUUGAUCAUUUUCCCUCCUCACUGCCACCACUGUAAUUCUCCCCUGGCUGAAACCCUUUUGUCGUCUGUGCGUGAUGUGGGUGACGUGCCGUAGUCUGAAAUAAUGUUCUUCAAUU